AUUCGCGUGAUGGACAAAGAACUCAGAAGAUGAUGUAAUUCUCACGAGAAAAAAAUAGUCGAACCAAUCAAAAUCGUUUUGAAUGAAGUGAAAUGAACACUCUAAAUUCAAAAACUUUUCAAUGAAUGACACGCUCCAGAAAAUGAGUGUAGUGUAAAACUUUUAAUUUCUCCCUUACGUAACGAACAAUUAUCAACAUGGGUGUCAAUAAGGGACGACGAUUCGUGGCCGGAGGUGGAGGCGGAGGGUGUUUAAUUAAUGGGAAUAAGGGAAGAAAGUGCGUGACUCGUAUCCUGCUUGACUCAUCAUCAAUCUCUUAUUUCUCCCUUUUGCUCGUCCUCAUCCUCGUCAUCAUCUCGGAUCAAGGGGUGUCGCAUCAAAAGACUUCGUCAGCGUUGGCCACAGCCGCCGUGGCUGCCUCGUCGAGUGUUUCGUCGGGGGGAACGACCACGCGGCAGAGAUGGUUGCAGUACCAGACCGCCCUAAGUAACACGGGACCCUUGGGGAGCUCCAGCUCAUCAUCGUCAGCCCCACCCACAGCCACCACGUCGUCCACCACCACCACAUCUCAUCCCAUCCUUAACCCGAAUAAUGAAAAUAUUAGCAUGACAUCCUCCCCACCCAGCGGCAGCACUUCUGCACCCACAACAAAGCCCCUCACCACGACGAAAAGCUUCUCCUCGAGGAGCAGCAGUAGCAACAUUAACUCGUACAACAGCAAUAGAAACAAUUAUUUCGGCGCGGCGGGUCGCAGAAGGAUGCCGAACCCGACUUACGUGGACGGAUUUCCGGACGGGGCGCUUUUCGAGAACAAUACCAGCGUCAAUAUCACUGUUCCUCUGGGUGACACUGCGUUUCUGCGAUGCCGCGUUAAAAACCUGGGGGAACGAUCGAUUUCUUGGGUUCGAAGAAGAGACUGGCAUAUUCUGACGACUGGAAAAGUGACGUACACGAAUGACGAGAGGUUUCACAUCCUCCACACGGAGGGCACGGAUGACUGGACGUUACAAAUAAAGUUUAUACAGAGUCGAGAUAACGGGACGUACGAGUGUCAGAUAUCAACAGGCACUGGGAUAAUCUCCUUCCUGGUCAAUGUGAUGAUUGCGGUGCCAGAGGCCUUCAUUCUGGGGAAUGGGGACGAAUAUCAUGUCGAGCAAGGGAGUACGAUCAAUCUCGUUUGCGUAAUUGAAAAGAGUCCAAAGGUUCCCGAGUUCAUCUUCUGGUACCACAACGAGCUAAUGAUAAACUAUGGCAGUUCGAGAGAAGUGACUGUCCGAACAGAGCCGGGUUUAAGGACGCAAUCCAGGCUGACGAUACGUGACGCUAGGAUAUCCGAUUCGGGGAAUUAUUCUUGUAAAACUCCUCACGCCGAGCCGGCAUCCAUCUUUGUCUACGUCUCGCAAGCAUCCGGUCUCUUUUCUGGCGACAAGAUUGCAGCCAUUCAGCGAAGGACGAAUAACAAUUCCCCGUCGUCGGCCACAUCAUCGGGCAGUUCUGGGCCGACGACAUUGUCAUCAACAUCGCUGCUCCGUCGUGUCCAUCUUUUUGAGGAGAGGAGGAAGAGCUUCUUCUGCAGCCGGUUAACUAUCUCCGCCAUAAUCAUAACAAUUCCGCUCCUGCUCUACCCGGAUUUGGAAUGAUGAUGUGGCACUACUUGACGAGUGUAAAUGUGUGUGCUAAUAACUAAGUGAGUGAAGAACAGACGGGGAGAAAACUUUGUGUAUAUCUUUCAUGCAAGACGAGGAGAAGAAGAGCAACAAUUUUCGGAUAAAUUGACAUUCGUUAAUGUCAAUUUAGCUACAAAAUGGUACAACGUCGUAAUAAUCGGGAACGUGGUGAUGGUCAAAUCACGACAAAUAAAUACGUGAGAAGGCUUAAACCAACUUCACAAAGAAAGCAAAAAACUGUCACUUUAUUUUCUAAAAACUAAAUCCACUCCUCCACCCACGUGUUUCCUUAGAGUUGCAACGUGCUUACUUUUUUAGGGACAAUUUGAUAUAAGAAAGUAGUCUGUGAAGGUUCCAUAAUCUCAAAUGUGACGGGAAACUAGGAAGCAGAAGGAGACCACCAACUUUCUCUCUCCGCCAUUUCCACUCCAUUCCAUUACCCGAUUAUUAUUGCAUUAUUACAUCGCCUCAUCAACUUGCCUUCCUUCCAUCCGAGAAAAGGAGGCAGCUCGAGCUACAGUCAGCAAUCAACAAUCUCUUCCCAACUAAUCGGUGGUGUGGUGGAUUGAAGCCAAAGAUUUGUUUCCGUUCCUCCAAAGAGAGCGGAAUCAACUGGAUUGGAUAAACUGAAGGAAGGAUGAAGAGAUGAACUGACAAUUCCUACUUUUCGGACCAUUUCACACCUUAUUAGUGUCCAACUAUCGGCUCAAACCGUCUACUCCCACUAUUACUUUUUUUUCUUUCCUACGAAAAAGAGUGAAGAAAGUUGCAUGUGACGUGGAAUACGAGACUUUUUUCCUGUGUAAAAACUUAAUCAAUUUUCUCUCCCAAUUUAUUUUUGGAGUGAGUGACGUGUCUACGUGCGUUUUUACAAGGGUUUCCGAUUAUAAGGAUGCAAAUGACUCUGAUGUAAUUAUUCAUCGAAAUUUUAUAUAAGAAAGUUGUGCACUAUCGCUUUCUCAUCUCCUCGUGUGCAAUCAGACCUUGAAUAAAAAGUAGCAACAGCAGGAGCGGUGGACUGUCUGGAUGAAAUCUGUCAAUCGAUUAUGUCAAUUAUCUAUCCGCUGUACGAGGGUAGGAAAAAAAGCUAAGUGGAUCCAAUAAGUUGCUUUGCUCCUAAAAUAAAAUCAAGGCUGGCUGGCUGGGAAAGGAUAAGACGAGAAAAAAAUGAGAAAGUCGUCAUCAUUGGCUUAUCAGGAAAGAAGUGAUGAAUUGAAUUCAUUCAUUCAGCGUCCACUCCGCUAAUUGAGGUCCAGCCAGAUAAAAAAAAUCCACUUUCUCCACCGACCGACCGACCCACUCAAGACGGGAAAGUGGACUGGAUUGGAUGGCCAUACUCUAAUUCAGUCAUGCACCACCACUGCAUAUUAUUGCACUAAACUACAGAGUAACUUUCACUAACUGGGAGGAGGAUACUGGAUCAUGUCGCCAAUAUUUAAUGAGGCAACCCUCCCAUCCCAUCCUUUUAUGAAAGUUGGAACAAUAAGGAAAUUCUCAACUCGGUCACUAGCAAAGUUAAAAUUUGUACAUAACUCAAGCAACACGAGGAAUUUAUAUCGAGGGUAAAAUAAUAAUAAUAAAAUGGUACACAUCCAUCACAAUCUUUUCAAUAAUAUUUAGUUCACAAGUUGCAUGUUAAACGUUAAGUAAUCUUUAGGGAUGAAUAAUAGCUUGUGGAAAUAAUAAAUUGUCAAAUGACAUCGUCAUCAUCAUCUUGCGAACCAAGUUGGUAUACAUAAUAAAUAUUAAUAAAUAAUAAUUCUUCCUCUUCUUCUGCUGCUGCUAGGUCUCUAAUAAAAUUAGGCUGUUGAGAUGAUUACUACGAUGAUGAUGAUGAUGAAUGUUGAAAUAUGUAGAGCUAAGCUAAGCACCAAUCUUAAUUACAAGUGAGACAUUAUUAACGUUGGAUUGGAGGUUAAUUACAGUACGCUGUGUGGAUUAUAAGUAUAAUUAUAGGUUAAAAGGGAUACAUAUGCCAAUAGAUUUAUGAGCGUGUUUGUGUGCCCAUGAAAAUGUUUCAGGAUUGCCUGUGAGGUUUGAAACAUGGUUUAUUUCUUAUUCAGACCACCACAUUGUUUCGUGAAUAAUAAAGAUUUUAACUCUGUAAAUAUUUAAUUGCUCGCGCGAUACAAGAAUUAUUACGGGAUGUAAGUAAGAGGGAGGAAAUUCUCAACAAUAAUAAUUACUGGCACGAUUCGACUGUUUAAUCAAAUAUUGUAACUUUAUUGCCGGAUGAAUUAUGCGUAUAAACACAUAAAUGUAAAUAUUAAUGUAUCCUUUCCAAGUUAAAAAUGAUCUUGUAAAUACAUAUAUGUAAAUAAUAAUAUGCUCUGGUGACUGUGUGUGGUGGGUGGGGUAAUUUUUUAAUUCAAUGAUCAAAUAAAUAAAUAAAUUAUGUGGAUGAAAAA